AUGUCUCGCAAGUUUGAUCUCAAGACCGUUGCAGAUUUAUCAGUGUUAAUCGGCACUGGUAUUUCUCUGUAUUACCUCGUGAGCAGACUACUGAAUGACGUGGAAGCUGGGCCCCUAUCGGGAAGAUCAAAGGAAUCCAAGACCAGACAGCUUUCCCAGUGGCAGAAACUAGUCGAUAAGAAUCCAAAGCUGGCCGACGUAGAGUUGAAUACCUAUGAGAAGAGUGUACUUUCAUCCGUUGUUACUGCCGAUGAGCUAGCAGUAACUUUCAAAGAUAUUGGUGGUUUGGAUCCCAUCAUUGCUGAUUUGCAUGAAAGUGUUGUAUAUCCGCUAAUGAUGCCAGAGGUUUACGAGAACAACCCACUUUUACAAGCUCCAAGUGGUGUCUUACUAUAUGGACCGCCAGGUUGCGGAAAGACAAUGCUUGCAAAAGCUUUGGCUAACGAAAGUGGUGCGAACUUUAUCUCUAUCAGAAUGUCUUCCAUCAUGGAUAAAUGGUAUGGUGAAUCGAAUAAAAUUGUUGACGCCAUGUUCUCGCUGGCGAAAAAAAUUCAACCUUGUAUGAUCUUUAUUGAUGAGAUAGACUCCUUCCUAAGGGAGAGAGCCUCGAGUGAUCAUGAAGUGACAGCGAUGCUGAAGGCCGAAUUUAUGACUCUGUGGGAUGGACUGCUGACUAGUGGGCGUGUAAUGAUCGUUGGAGCCACCAACCGUAUUACAGACAUAGAUAGUGCCUUCCUAAGAAGAUUACCCAAGAGGUUCCUCAUCCCAUUACCUGGUAAAGAGGAACGUCUCAAAAUUCUGAAAGUUUUACUGCAGGAUACCAAGACAGAUAAAGACUUUUUCGACAUAGAAGCUAUAGCGACUCAUACAAACGGGCUGUCAGGCUCAGACCUUAAGGAACUAUGCAGAGAGGCUGCAUUGAAUGCUGCCAAGGAAUACAUAAAAUUAAAGAGGGAAUACAUGGCUCAGAAGGAUGUAAAGAAUAUCGAAGACUUUCCUCUGAAGAUGAGACCACUCAGGACAUCUGACUUUGCGGGAAACUUGAAACUGGAUGCCGGACAGUCACUGCAAUCAAUGUCUCUGGAUUAG